CCCGCUGAUGGAGUCGGAAAUGCUGCAGUCGCCUCUCCUGGGACUGGUGGAAGAAGAUGAGGCCGACAUUACGGACUGGAACCUGCCUUUGGCUUUUAUGAAGAAGAGGCACUGUGAGAAAAUUGAAGGCUCCAAGUCCUUAGCUCAGAGCUGGAGGAUGAAGGAUCGGAUGAAGACGGUCAGUGUUGCCUUAGUCUUGUGCCUGAAUGUUGGUGUGGACCCUCCAGAUGUGGUGAAGACCACCCCUUGUGCACGUUUAGAAUGCUGGAUUGACCCUCUGUCCAUGGGCCCUCAGAAAGCUCUGGAAACCAUUGGUGCCAAUCUGCAGAAGCAGUACGAGAACUGGCAGCCCAGGGCCCGGUACAAGCAGAGCCUGGACCCCACCGUGGAUGAAGUGAAGAAGCUCUGCACGUCCCUGCGGCGCAAUGCCAAGGAAGAGCGGGUUCUCUUCCACUACAACGGCCAUGGUGUGCCCCGGCCCACCGUCAACGGAGAGAUUUGGGUCUUCAACAAGAACUACACUCAGUACAUCCCCCUGUCAAUCUACGACCUGCAGACAUGGAUGGGCAGCCCAUCAAUCUUUGUCUACGACUGUUCUAAUGCUGGCCUCAUCGUCAAGUCCUUCAAACAGUUUGCCCUACAGAGAGAACAGGAGCUGGAGGUAGCCGCUAUCAACCCCAACCACCCACUGGCCCAGAUGCCCCUCCCACCAUCCAUGAAGAACUGCAUACAGCUGGCUGCCUGUGAGGCCAAUGAGCUCCUGCCCAUGAUCCCUGACCUCCCGGCCGACCUGUUCACGUCCUGCCUCACCACCCCCAUCAAGAUCGCCCUGCGCUGGUUCUGCAUGCAGAAAUGUGUAAGCCUGGUGCCUGGAGUCACGCUGGACUUGAUAGAGAAAAUCCCUGGGCGGCUGAACGACAGGAGGACUCCGCUGGGUGAGCUGAACUGGAUCUUCACAGCCAUCACGGACACCAUCGCCUGGAAUGUGCUUCCUCGAGAUCUCUUCCAGAAGCUCUUCAGACAGGAUCUGCUGGUGGCCAGUCUGUUCCGGAAUUUCCUUCUGGCAGAGAGGAUCAUGAGGUCAUACAACUGCACCCCGGUCAGCAGCCCACGUCUGCCCCCCACCUACAUGCAUGCCAUGUGGCAAGCCUGGGACCUGGCCGUGGACAUCUGCCUCUCUCAACUGCCCACAAUCAUUGAGGAGGGCACUGCGUUCCGGCACAGCCCCUUCUUCGCUGAGCAGCUGACUGCAUUCCAGGUGUGGCUCACGAUGGGUGUGGAGAAUAGGAACCCCCCCGAGCAGCUACCCAUCGUCCUACAGGUGCUACUCAGCCAAGUGCACCGGCUUCGAGCACUGGACCUCCUGGGACGCUUCCUGGACUUGGGCCCCUGGGCAGUAAGCCUGGCGUUAUCGGUGGGCAUCUUCCCGUACGUACUGAAGCUACUGCAGAGUUCAGCCAGGGAGCUGCGGCCGCUGCUCGUCUUCAUCUGGGCCAAGAUUCUCGCCGUGGACAGUUCCUGCCAAGCUGACCUGGUGAAGGACAAUGGCCACAAGUACUUCCUCUCCGUCUUGGCAGACCCCUACAUGCCAGCUGAGCACAGGACGAUGACUGCAUUCAUCCUCGCCGUGAUUGUCAACAGCUACAACACAGGCCAGGAAGCCUGCCUCCAGGGCAACCUGAUUGCCAUCUGCCUGGAGCAGCUCAGUGACCCACACCCUCUCCUGCGCCAGUGGGUGGCCAUCUGCUUAGGGCGCAUCUGGCAGAACUUCGACUCGGCCCGGUGGUGCGGCGUGAGGGACAGCGCACACGAGAAGCUCUGCAGCCUCCUCUCGGAUCCCAUUCCCGAGGUACGCUGCGCCGCUGUCUUUGCCCUUGGCACAUUUGUGGGCAACUCAGCAGAGAGGACUGACCACUCCACUACCAUCGACCACAAUGUGGCCAUGAUGCUAGCCCAGCUCAUCAAUGACGGGAGCCCUGUGGUGCGCAAGGAGCUGGUGGUGGCGCUGAGUCACCUCGUGGUUCAGUACGAGAGCAAUUUCUGCACCGUGGCCUUGCAGUUCAUGGAGGAGGAAAAGAACUACCCAUUGCCUUCUCCUGCCGCUACAGAGGGAGGGAGCCUGACGCCAGUUCGGGACAGCCCUUGCACCCCCAGACUCCGCUCUGUGAGCUCCUACGGGAACAUCCGUGCAGUCACCACGGCGCGAAGCCUAAACAAGUCUCUACAGAACCUGAGCCUGACAGAGGAGUCGGGCAGCUCGGCAGCCUUCUCCCCUGGGAACCUGAGCACCAGCAGCAGUGCCAGCAGCACACUGGGCAGCCCCGAGAAUGAGGAGUUCAUCCUGUCCUUUGAGACCAUCGACAAGAUGCGGCGCGUCAGCUCCUACUCAUCCCUCAACUCCCUCAUUGGGGUUUCCUUCAACAGUGUUUACACUCAGAUCUGGAGGGUCUUACUACACCUGGCGGCAGAUCCGUAUCCAGAUGUUUCUGACUUGGCCAUGAAAGUGCUCAACAGUAUUGCCUAUAAGGCCACGGUGAAUGCCCGGCCUCAGCGCAUCCUCCCUACGUCUUCACUCACCCAGUCGGCGCCGGCCAGCCCCACCAAUAAGGGUGUCCACAUCCACCAGGCAGGGGGCUCCCCCCCCACCUCCAGCACCAGCAGCUCCAGCCUGACCAACGACGUGGCCAAGCAGCCUGGUGGCCGGGAUCUGCCCACAGGCCGGCCGGGGACAACAGGCCCCACAGGAGUACAAUACACACCCCACUCCCACCAGUUCCCCCGAACCCGGAAGAUGUUCGACAAAGGCCCUGAUCAGACCACUGAUGAUGCAGACGAUGCUACAGGACAUAAGAGCUUCAUGUCGGCCGCGAUGCAGACAGGGUUCUGUGACUGGAGUGCCCGCUACUUUGCACAGCCUGUAAUGAAGAUCCCUGAGGAGCACGACCUGGAAAGCCAGAUCCGCAAGGAGCGCGAGUGGAGGUUCCUGCGCAACACGCGCGUGCGCAAACAGGCGCAGCAGCUCAUCCAGAAGGGCGUCACCAGGCUGGAUGACCAGAUAUUCCUGAACAGGAACCCGGGUGUCCCCUCUGUGGUCAAGUUUCACCCCUUCACACCUUGUGUGGCCGUGGCUGAUAAGGACAGCAUCUGUUUCUGGGACUGGGAGAAAGGGGAGAAGCUGGAUUACUUCCACAAUGGGAACCCUCGAUACACCAGGGUCACUGCCAUGGAGUACCUCAACGGCCAAGACUGCUCGCUGCUGCUCACAGCCACCGAUGAUGGUGCCAUCAGGGUGUGGAAGAAUUUCGCUGAUUUGGAAAAAAAUCCAGAGAUGGUAACCGCAUGGCAGGGCCUCUCCGACAUGCUGCCAACCACCCGAGGUCUGCCCAGAAAGGUCUCGAUCUAUCUUGACCACAGUAAGCAGGGAGGAGCCGGCAUGGUGGUGGACUGGGAGCAGGAAACAGGCCUCCUCAUGAGCUCCGGGGACGUGCGUAUCGUGCGGGUGUGGGACACAGACCGGGAGAUGAAGGUUCAGGACAUCCCCACAGGCGCCGACAGCUGCGUUACCAGCCUGUCCUGCGACCCCCAGCGCUCCCUCAUCGUGGCUGGCCUGGGUGACGGCUCUGUCCGAGUCUAUGACCGCAGGAUGGCACUCAGCGAGUGUCGCGUCAUGACCUACCGCGAGCACACAGCCUGGGUGGUGAAGGCCUACCUGCAGAAACGCCCUGAGGGCCAUAUCAUGAGCGUAAGUGUCAACGGGGACGUACGCUUCUUCGACCCCCGGAUGCCAGAGUCUGUGAACGUCCUGCAGAUCGUGAAGGGGCUCACGGCCCUGGACAUCCACCCCCAGGCCAACCUGAUCGCCUGUGGCUCCAUGAACCAGUUCACGGCUGUGUACAGUGGCAGUGGUGAGCUCAUCAACAACAUCAAGUACUACGACGGCUUCAUGGGCCAGCGUGUAGGCGCCAUCAGUUGCCUGGCCUUCCAUCCCCACUGGCCUCACCUGGCCGUGGGCAGCAAUGACUACUACAUCUCCGUGUAUUCGGUGGAGAAGCGCAUCAGAUAGCUGGCGCAGCACUGCCAGCCUCCCUAUGCCUCCCUCAACACUGGCCCCACCUUGGCUACUAAGGGCCCAUGGCAGCCCUGCCAUCUGUCUGUCUGUCUUUGCUGUGCCACCCAGGAAGCCCAGGGCUGGGCCCCUGCCAAGGAUACAGCUGCCGGGCUCAGAUCUCUCUACCUGCUAUGGGGACUGAUGGAAUGGGAGGCUCAUCUGAUUGUCCAUAGGCCACAGGGGAGCUGCCUCCCACUCAGUCAUCCUGGGGACUGGCCAGCAGGCACUCGGCUGCGUCACCAGCUGUGAGGACAUGCAGCCCUGCCUGGGGAUACCCACAUUCCCUGUGCCAGUGGGCAGCGCACUCAGACAGGGCAAGAAACGACACAGGUGCCUGGCCCAAGCUGGCAUGUUGGUGGGGACACCCACGGAUCCUCAUGAGCCCCCCCAUCCUGCACACCAGCCCUCCCCCAGCUCAGGCAGGUGGGACAUGGGUACGAGGUUCUGCUCCACUACCUCAGGCCCCGUCUGCUACUCACACCCGGCACAGCACACAUGCAUGUGCCCGGGCCACACGUGUGUACACUCAUCAAGCCUGAGGGCUCACGCUCCCAACACCCCUCAUACUGGACACACGCAUGGCGCAGGUUGUGCUGCCCCACAGCCACUGACCAGAUCAAGGAACCAGGGUCCCUGGUGCUGGUCCCCCGUUAGGCACAGCUGGCACCCAGGAUGUGCUAGGAACCAGACACAACCUUGGAGAACAAACCAGAAUGAUGAUUAUUUUUUAAAGUUUUUUUUUCCCCUUGGGAAUCAGGAUUAUCCACAGGGAAGGGCAGUGGGUCACCUAGUUCCUGUAGUGACUGGGGGUAUGGGCUAGGACUGUGGUGGGUACCUGGGGUUCCUCAGGCCAGCCCUGGCAUCCCCCCUUAGGGGGCUGUGCCCAGCAUCUGAGGGCUGGGCAGGCAGGGCCAGAAGGUGACCAUUGUCCCCACCAGCUGCAUGGCUGCUCAAGCCAGGUCCUGGGGGAGCCCGGGAGGGAACACAUGAGGCCGCAGUGUACUCUGACUGCGGUGAGCUGUGGCUUCCAGGCCAGAUCCCAGAACCUUCCAUGCCAGAUUGCCCUCAGCUCUAGGCACCCAUCCUGCUCUGCCCUUGGUGUCUGAUGCGAAAACUCAAUCAUGAAGUGAACCAAACCAGGGCUCACAGAGCUCCCCCAGAAGGCUCAUUUAUCUCUAUUUAUUUUACCAAAAGGAGACUUGGAAGACUUAACAGAACACAGGACUGGAAUGUGAAAAUGAGAGCAGAAACAGACAAUAAACUGUUAAUAAAAAUACUUACGUGCACAGUGA